GGGCUGGAAAGAGAGACAACAGAGGAGCAUUUAAUACAAUCCCUUAGAUACGUAUAGGAAAAAUUGCAUUUGCAUUUCAAGUUCUUGGUGUCCCAAGAAACAGGCAAUCCUCUUCCACAAGGGAAACCUGUAUGGCCCAGGGGUGGCCUCCGAGUGCCUUCCCCAGACUGCAGGUUUCAGUGAGUGCAAAAAGGGAUGUUCCCAGAGCAGUUCUCCAUUUUCUCCCUCUUAAGUUUCAUGCAGCAUCCCACGGCCAUAAAGCUAGAAGACAAAGGUGAGGAGAAAUAGAGGGUGCACAUUUUGUCUCUAGUUCUUUACGCUGUCUACCUGCCUCACUCACAUUCCCUCCUAUUGAUUUGUUCUUUAUUGAGAAGAGAUUUCAGCAGCAUCAUAUACUACCAACAAGGGAGGCAGACAGCCCUGUAAACCCCCAGCCUGAGGCUCAACAGGAAGAUGAGAGCUUUUACUGUCAAAAGAUUGAGCAAAGAGAUCAAUGUCCACCCAACUCUUAGCUAUUGUUGGAAACGUCAUGUACAUCAAGAGAUCCACAGCUGAAGCUACGACAGACAUAAACACAUCUACUUUCAAAGGACCUUACUCAAAACUGAACUGGGAUGCAACAAAUCAGCCCCCACAUUCACCAAAAAAAAGAAAAAAAAAAAAAAAGAAAAAAAAAGAAAAAAAAAAGAAAAGAAAAGAAAGAAAGAAAGAAAGAAAGGAAGGGGAAAUUCAGAUUAGUCACAAAGAAGUUCCCCCGCCUGCUUCUCGGUGCACAUAAAACCCUCUCCUGAAGGCACUGUGUUCAUUUCAUUUCUGCUCCUGGGACAGGAGCACCUAUCUCUUCUGCCCUGUGCUCCCCAGGCUGUGCUUGCUGGCAGUGUGGCUGUUAUGGACGGACUGCCAGGUGCAGAGCUGAGAAAGCAAGACGAUCAGAUGGACCGUGAAAGAGAACCUGCUGGCAUGAUGAGUGGCGAUGAGUGGAAGAGCUGGAAAAGAGGGCAGGUUAGGAGGAACACGCUGCACCUCGUGUCCGCGGCUACUCAGUGGAUAUUACUGCUUGCCUGCUUGGUUUAUCUUGGUCUAGAUUCUCUGCAACUCUCUACGCCUCGCAGUGACAAAGUCCUGUGGACCUACAUCCGCUACACAGGUGAAAGCAUCAAAGGAGUGGCCAUGAAUUUCAGUGCAGAAUUAGGCUCUAUUCAUACCCGGAACGGCUCCAUCAUGAUCACUUGUGACGGCCCCUACCUGGUGUCCCUGAAGGCCAAGCUUUCCCCCGACCUGGACGACAACAGCUCGCUGAAGCUGAUGAUGCGGAAGACAGAAAACAAGAACGUUGAGCCCCUCUGGGAGCAAACCAUCCAGGGCAGCAGCAGCACAGUAGAUCUCAUCACGAUGCUCUACUUGUUUGCUCAAGAUAACAUCACCCUGUGGACCAGCUUGAAUGUCACUGUCAUGGAGCUGUCAUUUAGCCUUGUGCUACUAAAACCCGUCUUUUGCCUCCUGUAGAAGAUGACGCAUGAAAUGUAACAUGUAAAGUACAUCCUUUCCUACUGAUAUGUUCACAUGUGGGAGACUUAUUCUCACAGGCUGUACUUGUACAGGCAGACUGCUCUAGCCUCCCCUUUUGGGGCCGUGGAAAGCCUCAGCUGGAGUGCAGGUAAAUCACAGUGCAAAUGGGCUUUACAUAGUGCAUGCCACAUUCAUCUCUGGAGCUCUGCGGAGUAGGAUGGAUCUUUCUGAUGCUGGAGAAAGGCUUGUGUGCAGUCCUCAAGGAAAACAGAGAUGAAAGCGAAAGAAAGCCACCCAAGCUUAGCUCCUGUUCAGAGAAACUCUGGGUUUCUCUAUUUACUUGACAGUAUCUGCAUAUAGUACAAAUGCUCUGUAUAUUUGCUAAAAUAAAGGUCUGUUAAAUCAGGAAGACACCUCAAGUGUCUUAAAGAGAUUUGGAGAAUGAGGAGAACAGAUCUGCUUAGCAGCCCUUUGCCUGGCAAGGCAGGAGAAGGGAAUGAGGCAGCAAGGGACUUUCUUUGCAGCGACCUGACUGCACUGGACAGCAGGAACGCAUGCCCUGCAGUGACUAUGAGAUUUGUAGGAACAGCUUCUGAGAGAGGAGGUUUGCUGGCUGUUCCAGCUGUUGGCAGAGCACUGAAGCCUGAGCCAAGGGAGUGUCUGGUAGGACAUUUACAUCUUGACACCAGCUCGCAGAGGUGUUAAGUUGAAGGACCAUCUCCCUCAAGCAGACACACGCAGACUGGCUCAACCAAAAAACGAUCCAGGCACACAAAAUUUGGAAGAAAAGGAUGAAGGCUUUCAGUCCGCUGGGUUCUCUCUAAUGGACCGAGUGAAACCUGCAGGUCUGCGCAUCUCUGGGAGGAUUCAAGUAGGUCCUGCGGCAGAGCCCUUGCUGCAAAGGUGCUCACCUCAGAGAGGUUCACAGACCCAACCUCCACGACAUGCCCGUGCACUUACCUGCCUGGCUUCUGCCAGAGUCAAGGGACAGACUGCUCUCAGCCAUUGCCUUCAUGUGCCCUGAGCACAGCCAGCAGCUGCUGUAUUUCUGCUUGAAGUGGGGCAGACUUCAAGGGCAAGUUGACUGCCUGGCUCCCAAUGAAUCCCAGCAACCGCUGACUGGACGCUCCAAAGUUUGUUGUUUAAAACUAUUUAUGUAUUUAUACUACAGGCAUACGAAUGUUACUUCACAUUUCUUAGAAACACUGGGAAGGGUUGAGGCUUCAGGCUGUCAGCACUAAGCUCUUUGCAGAUGCUUCCGGUGCUCUGGAGCUUUGCCGCUCCGUGGGCAUGGCGCUGCCGCCCGCCUCGGCUCCCCGGCCGCCCGCUCAUGCAGGCACAGGUGUCAAAGUGUCAAAGAAAUCUGGGGCUCAGCGAGCUUUUUCAUGCACAUUACAAUGCUGUGGGCAGGUUUUACUAGCAUCCCUCCCCAGCCCCAGGGGAAACCUCCCUGGCUGAAGCAGUUACUCAGCUUUUUCUCAGGACUGAGAAGCUGUGGGCUGGCUUGUGCCCACAGGGUGCUGCUCCCCAGCUGCGAGGGGCAUUUGGGGCUUUUACUCCUGACUGCCACUGCCAGGCACUGGCACCCAGACCCCAGCUGGGUGUUGUCACACUCCUCAGCUGAAGUGAGAAUGCAUUUCCUUCCGUAAAAGCUAAGAAAACUUUCCUUUUUGACCUCGUGAUGUCUCGAGGGAGGGGGGACCCUGCUGAAUUAUCCAUUUCACUGUCUCUGAGCAGACGUGUUCACCAGUAUGAAAACUGUAUGAAACUUUCACACACCAAUUCCUCUGACCUACAUAUACAUGUACACACACUUGUCUUCAAAUAAAGGUUGACACAAUUCCA